CAGUUGCUGAGGGGAAAAGAGGGCGCCGCCAUUUUGUCGACAGCGAGGAGAGUGGAGGCCUCAGCCGGGAGCUUGCCCAAGGUCCUCUCGCGGCCCAGUCGCAACCGAUUCUGUCUUGUCCUGCCUAGGCUUCGCGCCAGCGGACUGUAAGGAAGACACAUUAACCUCUGUCUCCCAUCUUCCCAAAUGCUAUUAAGUAACAUCACGGCAGAGAUGUCGGAAUACAUCCGAGUUACAGAAGAUGAGAAUGAGGAACCCAUUGAGAUCCCUUCCGAGGAUGAUGGGACUGUGUUACUCUCCACAGUUACUGCUCAAUUCCCAGGGGCAUGUGGCCUGCGUUACAGAAACCCGGUGUCUCAGUGUAUGAGAGGAGUCCGAUUAGUGGAAGGAAUUCUUCAUGCGCCGGAUAAUGGCUGGGGAAAUUUGGUAUACGUGGUGAAUUAUCCCAAAGACAACAAGAGGAAAAUGGACGAAACGGAUGCUUCGUCAGCCGUUAAAGUGAAACGGGCGGUGCAGAAAACUUCCGAUCUGAUAGUUUUGGGUCUUCCGUGGAAAACAACAGAGCAAGAUCUGAAGGAGUAUUUCAGCACGUUUGGAGAAGUUCUCAUGGUGCAGGUUAAGAAGGACAUCAAAACUGGCCACUCAAAGGGGUUUGGCUUUGUGAGAUUUACCGACUACGAAACCCAAGUGAAAGUCAUGUCCCAGCGUCACAUGAUCGAUGGGAGAUGGUGCGACUGCAAGCUCCCCAAUUCUAAGCAAAGUCCAGAUGAACCUUUGCGUAGCAGGAAAGUGUUCGUUGGCCGUUGCACUGAUGACAUGACUGCCGAUGAGCUCCGUCAGUUUUUUUCACAAUACGGAGAAGUGGUUGAUGUCUUCAUUCCCAAACCAUUCAGAGCUUUUGCCUUCGUUACGUUUGCUGAUGAUCAGGUCGCCCAGUCCCUCUGUGGUGAGGACUUGAUCAUAAAAGGAAUCAGCGUCCAUAUAUCCAAUGCUGAGCCUAAGCAUAAUAGCAGUAGACAACUAGAAAGAGGUGGAAGAUUUGGUGGAAUACUCCUGUCUCCAUGCUUUCCUCAUCCAAGACUCCAUCACACUGCACAUGCUGCGUCUUAAGAUGGUGGGUGUUCCAUUUUAUCCGCUCCUCUUUUUAUUUCAUGGAGUCGUACUCAACGCUGUGAACGCAAGGCUGUGAGAUGGAAAACCAGAAGGCUUGUUUGAACUUCUGAAAACCUUGUGUGGGAUUGGAUUUGUGGUGCCAAGGCAUGUGAGGGCUUGGUAUGUGCGAGAAAAAGAAGGAGGCGCAUGCAGAGAGAGACUUGGUGGUGCAUUAUGGGAUUUUUUUAAAAAAACAUUUUUUUUUUCUUGACGCAAUGUCCCUCGACCCUGUGGCUUUGGUGAGAGAGUGUGCGGAGAGCGAUGGGAGCAGACGUACGAAUGUUUUCCUUGCAUUCAAACGGACAUCUGAUCUGGAAGAACUUUUAAAAAGGGGGGGGAGGAGGGCGUUUUACUUAGUUAACCAAAUUAGUUGGAUGUGUUAAGUGAAACGAAUAUCUGUAUAUUUUUUUUUUCCUCUCCUUUAUGUCAACUCUGCUGUGAAUGCUGUAUGGUGUGUGUUAUUUUGUUCAAUGAUCCUGUAAGUGUGGUAAUGUGAAACGAAGGUGGGGCUUUUGAUGGGAACAUCCAGUUCGUAGUGUGCUUUCUGUGUAUUUUUUUUUCUUCUUUUUUUCUUCCAGCAAAGCUCACUUGCGAGCUCAGGUGUUCCCUUGCGGGUGGACGUUUUUUCUGUCUGUAAGAUAUCCAUAUGAAUGCUGUUUGCUGAAGUUCUGUGUUUGGAUGCUUUUUUAUAAGAUUUGUCAAUGUAGGAAAUUCUUAAAUAAAACUGAUUUAAGUAAUACGUGUGUGUGUUUGACAGCCCCCAGGAGCAAAAGAGCUCCUAUUUUUUAAUUGAUUAAAAGUAUCAUUUAGGAUAAAAAUUAAGUUUUUAAAAAAUGUUUUUUAGGUUUGCCUGCCUCAUGUAGCAGAAACUCCAAAACUUAAGACCCAGCCUUAUCUUCAUACCUUUUGCGAUAAACAUCUGAAAUGCAAUUCUGUUACAUGAAGUACCCCAUCCCUGGUCAGCAGGCACCACUAAUUUCCUGGGUGUAAGCAAAGAUCCCAAAUAACCCUUGAGUAUCUAUAGCAUUGUGUUCUCAGGGCAUUCAGCCCUGCUGGGAAUAGGAUGCUAUUAACCUCAGUUUCAAUGUGGUGAACAGUUGGACAAAGUGUUGGCAAACAUUUGGCUCUAAAUGAUAGUUGCAGGCCUUAUACUGUUCCUUACUCGAUACAAACUUACAGCUUUCAUUUGGUAGGUAGUGGGAGCCGUCAAUUUGGUCCCAACUAAAUUUAUACAUUUUAAAACCUCCUUUCGCUUCCCUGAUUUUGUUUGCAUUUCAGCCUAAAAUCCUAUUUCCUUUUAAAGGACGUUAGUGUAGGUCUUAAAACUUAUGUGCUGGGUGCUUAUUGUGGCGUGGUUGUUCGAUACUAAAAACUGGUUUAUUACUCCAGAAGAUGGUUCUUGAUGUAAAGCAGAUCUGUGACUAUUCCAAAGGACAUAAUAAGUCUUACAUUGCGUAAUCUUUACUUCGCCUAAAUCCGAUCCUUUUGCCAAAAUCUGUACCAUCUGCAUUUUGCAUUUUAGCACUUGCAUUAACACCAGCUACUGCUGCUGAGUAACACUUAAUAUGGUUUUCUCGGACCUCCCAAGGCUAAACUGUGUCAUCCCAGGAAGGAUCCUGAGGGUAAGUUUGAUACCUCACUAGCAUGGUUUCAGUAAUUUAUGUUAGCUUGUAUUUAUAAAGCCCAAGGGCCACUUCUGAACAGAGAGGGGGACCCAUGCGGUGAUCAUUUUAAUGCUACUUCAAGCACUAAGGGCUCUAAUGUCCCUUCCCUUCCAAUCCCUAAGCAUCUUAGAAAUGUUUUCAAACAUGAUUCAUAUCGUUAAUUUUUUUCCCCCGUUAGUGUUGAAAGUGAGUUUAAUAAACAGAAUUCUCAUAACUUGAU